AUGCAAGCAAUCUAUCUGCUGAUAUAUUUCUUCGCAGUGACCCGCGCCUCUGUUAUAUUUGAGGAUUGCGGGUCCGCAUAUGACUUGGUGACUGUAAACAUCGAUGGCUGCGACAAAAAUCCACCGUGUUACGUUACGUUGGGGGAUGAGAUUCCAGUCAACGUACGAUUUUACGCAGAUUUCGCAUCAUUGCAACUGGAUCAAGAUGUUGUUAUUAAAGUGAAUUUUGUCAACGAAAGAACGCCUGUUACACCUGAACCGUGUGACAUAUUAUUGUGUCCUGUCCAGACUGAUGCAAUUACGUCAUUUACAAGUACGAUGUCUGUGCCUUCUAAAAUGGCAUUAAAUCAACGCGGAUAUCUUCAAUGGCGGGUGUACAAUGAAAAAAACCGUGUCGUCCUCUGCUAUUCGGUGCUGGUUCAGACGCAAACGUACGUCCAGAAAAUGAUGAAGAGAGCGGCUCUUCUCACUAGUUCUGUCCAAGGUGACAAAAUGAAUAAACAACAGCAUUAUCCGCUCGGCCAUCCAAGAAACCCAAUUGGCAACUUACCGAACGUCACUUUCGAGUUUUAUGGAUAA